GUACUUGGUGGGGAGAUUUAGCUGCUUGUCUUCUCGUAACCUGAUGCAAGUCAUGUGUUAAGUACUUGUAGGUUCAGCUGACAAGUCAGUUGCCCUAUUCAAGCUUCUCUCAGGAAGAUCAGUGAGUCUAUUGAGACCAAGAAGUGAGAAAAAAGCCAUCAAGCCUUACAGCAAGGAUACUUUUACAUUGCCUGCCUGCACCCUGACAAAGGAGAGGAAUGGGCUGUAACAGAAACUGUGGGCUCCUCACUGGGGCUGUCAUUGGUGCUGUGCUGGCUAUCUUCGGAGGAGUUCUGAUACCAGUUGGAGAUCACCUUAUAGGCAAAGCAAUAGAAAAGGAAGCUGUUAUUGCAAAUGGUACCAUUGCUUUUGAAAAUUGGCUUGUACCAGGAAGUUCAGUUUACAGACAAUUUUGGGUUUUCCAUGUGCUAAAUCCUUCAGAAGUAUUAGAAGGAGCACAGCCACAACUUGAACAAAGAGGACCUUACACAUACAGGGUGCGAUAUUUACCCAAAGAAAAUAUCACAGAGAACUUGGAUGGCACAAUAUCUUAUAUGUUGCCUAAUGUUGCUCUUUUUGAACCUGAUAUGUCCAUUGGGACAGAAAAUGAUACGAUCACCUGCCUCAACCUUGCUGUUGCUGCUGUACCUUCAGUGUAUAAGAACACUUUAAUGCAAAUAUUUGCAAAUAGUUUUAUUAAAUCGUCAAAGUCAACCAUGCUGCAGAACAGAACAGUGAAAGAAUUACUGUGGGGAUACACAGAUCCCUUCUUAGACAAGAUCCCCAUGGUCUCGAACUCAGUUGUGGGAGUCUUUUACCCGUAUAAUGGGACAUUGGAUGGACUUUACAGAGUCUAUACUGGGACAGAAGAUAUUAAAAAAACAGCAAUAAUUGAAAGCUAUAAAAACAAAAGGAAUCUUUCGUACUGGGAAGGUCACUGUGAUCUGGUUAAUGGCACAGAUGGGGCAUCAUUCCCACCAUUUGUAAAGAAGGACCAGGUACUGCGUUUCUUCUCCUCUGACAUUUGCAGGUAG